CGCAGGGCUGGGACACCAGACAGAAGAGGCUCCUGAUACCAAAUUAUAUCAAGUUAUCCCGCUCUUCUUGUAAAGGAGUGUGUGAUGACGUUCUAGCGCCCUCCUGUGGUGCAUAAGGACAUGGUGCUCUUACUCCAGGCUGUGGUCACUACUGUGUCCCUCCUGUGGUCUGUAAGAGUUACUGAUGCGAUGCCUGACCCUGUUCAGAGGGAGCUGCUGAUGCGUCAGGAGACUUCCAGACAGACGGGGGGCAGAGUGACCCUGACACCGGCCGAACAGAAGCUGGAUGCUCACCUCCAUCGGUUAAAGGAGCAGGAGAUGUCUGCUGCCCAGUUCCUACCUGCUAUUCACUUCUUCAAAGCAAAGCCGCUCAUUGAGAAGAGCUCAAUCUUCAAACUGCUGCAGGAGAUGCCUAAAGGUGCAGCCCUCCACAUCCACAGCUCCACUUUGGUCAAUGUCGAGUGGCUGGUGAAAAACAUCACCUACAGGCCAAACUGCUACAUCUGCUUCACAUGGGACAACUCGGUCCGCUUUUUCUUCUCUGACCGCCAGCCCUUUCCACGGUGGGACUGCUUCUAUUGGCAGCUACUUCAAACCUUGAGAGCAAAAAUAAGAGACCCUACUCUCUUUGAUAACAGUUUAAUGCAGCACCUCACACUCUUCACUGAGGAUCCAGAGGGAGCGUACCCUAACCAGGAUGUUGUGUGGCAGAAGUUUGAGAAAGCCUUCAUUGCUACUGCAGGGCUGAUCACACAUGCCCCUGUGCUAAGGGAAUACUUCUACAAGGGCCUGGGAGAGCUUUUGCAUGACAACAUCAUGUAUCUGGAACUCAGGAGCGGUCUCUCAAGGACAUACGAGCUCGAUGGAACCAUCCAUGAUAAGGUCUGGACUGUGAAAAUGUUUCAAGAAGUUACAAAGAAAUUUACCGAAGAUCAUCCUGACUUUCUCGGGGCCCGCAUCAUAAUUUCUGUACACAGGGCUUUGGGUGUAUCUGAUGUCAAAGCGGCGGUGAAAGAGGCCAUCCAGCUGCAGAAGGACUUCCCAGAUGUUGUUGCAGGAUUUGACAUGGUCGGCAGGGAGGACAGUGGGAGGACUCUUUGGUUCUUCAGGGAGGCCCUCUCUCUGCCCGCUGAACUGGGUGUCACACUACCGUACUUCUUUCAUGCAGGGGAGACAGAUGAUGAAGGCACAGCUGUGGAUCAAAACAUCCUUGACGCCCUUCUGUUCAACACCACACGCAUUGGGCACGGCUAUGCUUUGGCACACCAUCCACUGGCCAAAGAGCUUUCUAGGAAAAGGAACGUGGCUGUGGAGCUGUGCCCCAUCUCAAACCAGGUGCUGAAGCUGGUGUCCGACCUCCGGAACCACCCUGCAGCUGUGCUGAUGUCGGAGGGCCACCCCAUGGUGAUCAGCUCUGACGACCCGUCAAUGUUCGGAACCACAGGCCUCGUCUACGACUUUUAUCAAGCCUUCGUUGGCAUCGGAGGGCUGAAAGCAAAUCUGGGCACUCUGAAAGAGCUUGCCGCUAACUCUAUCAGGUUCAGCUCCCUGCCAGCUCAUCUGAAGGAAACCGGUCUCGCCAUGUGGCAGAAGAAAUGGGACGCUUUCAUCGUUGAUCAUUCAUGACCAGCAAAAUCUCUAUGGAUCC